AUGGUGGGAAUCUGGAGAUCCAGUUUGCGCCAGACAGGACGUCUUUCAAGACAAUUCGGCACGAGCCGUGCUGUCCGGGACGACCAAAUGACCCACUUUGGUUUUAAGACGGUGCCUCAGGACCAAAAGGAGUCGCUAGUGAGAGGAGUGUUUUCUUCUGUUGCCUCGAAAUACGACGUGAUGAACGACGUGAUGUCGCUCGGUAUCCACAGACUGUGGAAAAAACAUCUGAUUGAGAAAUUGGACUGCGGAAUGAGACCAAACUCCUCAGACCCGCUCCAUUUCCUUGACGUGGCCGGUGGAACAGGCGAUAUUGCGUUUGGGUUGCUGGACCACGCCAAACAGAAGUACGGAGACAACGAGUCCACCAUGGUCGUUGCCGACAUCAACCCAGAGAUGCUGGCCGAGGGAGCAAAGAGAUGUCUGUCUACAAGCUAUGCUAACUCGCCAAGAAUCCAAUUCCUAGAACAAAACGGUGAAAAGCUCGACGCUAUCGAGGACAACUCCAAGGACGUUUACACCAUCGCUUUUGGUAUCAGAAACUUCACCAACAUCCAGGCCGGUCUUGACACCGCCUACCGUGUUCUCAAGCCGGGAGGAAUCUUUGCAUGCCUGGAAUUCUCCCAGGUUGACAACCAGGCGCUCGACUACAUCUACCAAACCUACUCGUUUUCGCUGCUACCUUUAAUGGGCCAACUGAUCGCUAACGAUAGAGACUCGUACCAGUACCUCGUCGAGAGUAUCCAGAGAUUCCCUAACCAAGAAACGUUUGCCAACAUGAUCAGAAAGGCCGGUUUCUACGUGCCAGGCAAGGGAUACGAGAACCUCACUUUCGGAGUGGCUGCCAUCCAUAUUGGUGUCAAGUUGUAA